AUGUGCUCAGUGCGGCUCGACACGACAUUGGCGGACCUGUACCGUGAGCACGGAAUCAAGGGGCCUUUCAUCGUCACAACCCACUGCGUCUUUGGUCAUAUGGAUCUCCAUCCAGAGUUUCCCCGCGAGCUCAUGUACCCGGAAGACGAAGAGCCUGUCCCUUACUCGAACGAUAAACAGGAAAUUGCCCGGCUACGGAAAGUCAUCCUUGGCCUAAAGCCCGUGCGCAGGGCAGUGGGCCUGGGUGACAUGGACGUCCUCUUCUUUGAGCCAAACGUCACGGCCACCGGCAUGGAACGUGCCCUCAACCAGCUCCCUCCGGAGCAGCGCCACCGGCCGCGGUUCAUUGACCUCGAAGGCGGGCAGGUGUUUGAGAAGCUACUGGACCUCACCAAGGGGCAGAAGCUUCAUUUCUGGCGGCCACAGGCAUGGAUGAAAGAUCACGAAUGCCUCGUCGAUCCCCAGCUGGCCUACGACAUCAACUCCAAAGAGUAUCUCAUUACUUCUGGCAUCCGCACUCCCCCAUCUACUUUGAUGCCGCUGGAUGAAGCAUCGCUGGCAACCCUCGACGAGCACCCGCUGCCCUUUGUAAUCAAGUUGUGCCGUGCCGGCUGCGGCUUUGGCACAUUCAUUGUCACCACCGAGCAGCGCCGGCUGGAGACGCGCUCCGCGCUCAUCCUGUUGCAGCAGCGCGGUGUCCGCAAUUUCAUCCUGUCGGCUUAUGUCGACCUGGUUGAAGACUUGAGUGUUCAUUUCGUCGUCGGCCCUGACAACCGCGAAGACCCGCACAUUGUGGGAGUAACGGUGCAGACCCUGACGGCCACAGGAAAGUGGACAGGCGGCUAUAUUGACUACAGCGCGCAAGAAAGGCUACACGACUAUGUGCGUGCCACCGUGAGUGACACGACUGCCCGCCUGCCCAAGGAAUUUGUAGGCUGGGCUGGUGUUGACAUCGUCGUCGACAAGGAUGGCGAGCAGUGGGUCGUUGAUCUCAAUGCGCGGUUCACAGGGUCCAUGCCAAUCUGUUUCAUGUCGGGACAUUUCUUGAAAGACAGAGGUCUUCCACUAGCGCAGUUUGGAGCAUUUGAGUACAGUGGAGGUGUAGAAGAUGUGUAUGAUCUCCUUGGCGAGUUAGUCAAGUCUGGCGAAGCCAUUGUCACAGCAACAGCUGUGAUCGACCCGGGACAGAACAUGGCUGACAUCGCGUGGGGCGGUAAGAACGCGUCUGAUUUGGAAAGAAGACUCAAUCUGAUUCGUUCCAGACUAGCUAGAGUUUAG